CUGUUAUAUUCCUUGCGAAGCUGUAUUUAUUGUGUAAAAUUGGUAACGUGGUAACGUUUGGACAGAGUGAAUUUUUGUACUCCGAGUUAUGAAAAUUUAAGAGAUUUAUUCACAAUGAAGUCUUUUUUGUGGAUGAUGCUGAUAAAUUAUAUAUGGCUGCAAUCAAAAACAAAUGCGAAAUGUACAUCACGCUAUGAUGAAAUAAAGUGCAUAGAAGAAAAAGAGUGUACAGGUUAUAUAGAUUAUAGCGUAAUAAGGCAUGGUGAUCCCAUUUUGCAACAUUGCAGUGAUUUCACAAAGUUUAUUCCUAAUUACAAUGCUUUUUGCCUACCGAUAUACAUAACAUACAAAGUAAAUGACGUUGAGAAUGUGAAUCCUCAAUUUGACCCAAAUGUUUAUUACGAUUAUAGAAAUUGUGUUGAAUUACUGGAUAUCAGUGACAAUAAGUAUGUUGAAAUCCCCACUUUACCAACAGCUAUGAAUAAUUUGACAAUUAUAAAUAUAUCAUGUAAUCUUAUAACCACAGCUAAGCUUAGUUCACCGAAUCGUUUUCCGGUUUUGUCCGACAUGGAUUUUUCCAACAAUUUGAUAACUGAAGUUGAAAUUAAUAAUGAUGAAUUUGUUUUUACUAGUCUAACAAAAAUUAAUUUAUCUCACAAUAGACUGUGGGAAAUAAGAGAUGCUAAUUUUAAUGCUUUCUCUGAAUUACAAUAUUUAGAUUUGUCACACAAUGAAAUAUCAAUAAUAAAUGCAUUUUCUUUCGAAGGAGUGAAAAAUCUUUUAUAUUUAAAUUUAGCUCAUAACAAAAUAAAAGAAAUAAACUCUUCUCUGUUUAGAUUUACACAACUUAAAUAUUUGUACUUAAAUAACAAUGAAUUAUCAAGCAUAUUAUUAGCCGACUUUAGAUAUUUAAACAAAGUCAUCGAGAUAGAUUUAAGCUAUAAUGUUAUUUCAUUAAUAGAAAAAAAUGUCUUCGAUAAUAUGCCUUUCUUAAAAAAUCUUAAUCUGAAGAAGAAUUUAGUAAAUUCAAUGGAUCCACGUAUGUUUUUUAACACAACUGCUUUGAAAUCUAUUGAUUUGUCAUUGAAUGAGAUUCGUAAGCUACCUAAAUGUAGUUUUAAGGGGAAAAGUAUAUCUUUCUUUGAUAUAAGACAAAAUCUUUUGGAAGGAGAAUUAGUAAAGGGUACUUUCGAAGGAUUAGGUUUUAUAGUUGAACUAGAUAUCAGCCACCAAAGGUUAACAUCUAUUGAAGACUUUGCUUUUGUUGGACUGGAUAUGUUAGAAGUUCUCAUGCUUAAUAAUAACGAAAUUCAAAAUGUAUCAAAAAGUUCAUUUGAUUCGUUACGGAACUUACGUCGUUUAGAUCUAUCAGAUAACCAAAUUCUCGAUUUGAAUUUUGAGGUAAUUAACCUUUUGAAAUUACAAUUUUUAUCCUUAAAAGGUAAUUUGUUAAGAAUUAUAGGAAAAGGAAACUUUGAUAGUUUAAAUUUAAUGGAAAUGUUAGAUGUUUCUAACAACAACAUUUCAGAAGUUGAAUCUUUUUCAUUUAAAGACUUAAAUGAGCUUAUAAGUUUUGAUAUAAGUAACAACCCUCUAGCUCAGGCAUUAGAAAACAACACUUUUAAGGGGUUGAUUUCUUUGCCUGCUCUCGAUAUAUCGUGUACGUCACUUACAGUUAUCAAAAAUAACUCAUUUAAUGAAAUGACCAGCCUUCAUACUCUGAAUAUUUCACACAGCACUGUCAAUGAAGUUAGUUUUAAUAGUUUUAUCAAUACCGGCAAUAUAAAUGUUCUUGAUUUAUCGCACAAUUUAUUAAGCGUAUUUAGUAUCAAUAAAACAUCUUUGAUUAAUCUGAGAGUGUUAUACCUUGAUCAUAACUUAAUUGAAAUUGUAGCACAAGACUUUGUGGCUAAUUUUACUAUGCUUAGUGAGAUUAACUUAGCCCACAAUAAAAUAGUUUUUUUAUAUGAUGAAACAUUCAGUGAUUUGAAACGCCUUGUCUCAUUAGAUAUAUCAAGUAAUAAAAAUUUGCGAUUCAAUUCUACAUUGUUAGAUAAGGUUCCAACCGUACAAAAACUUAACAUGUCAGGGAUUGAAACAGCUCAUACUUUUAACGAAAAGACGCAGCUAACAAUAACUGAUCUGGACUUGUCAAAAUGUAAUAUAAAUAAUGUUACCACCCUUCGAUUAAGAUGUUUACAAGACUUAAAUUCCUUAAGUAUCAAUAACAAUAAAGUGCAAAAAUUAGAAGUUGGAGCCUUCACUAACUUAACAAGAUUAACGUUUUUAGAUUUGAGCCAUAAUAAUUUAUUUUUUAUACAACCAGGAGUCUUCAAAGACAAUUAUAACUUAAAUGUCCUAAAAAUUUCUCAUAACAAUUUGAAUACAAUCAGUUAUGGUAUCUUCCGUGGUUUAUCUUAUUUAAGUGAACUUGAUUUAUCUUACAACAAGCUGGUAGAGUUGAGAAGUGAGAGAUUUUAUGGAAUUCAAAAUUUGAAUACUCUGAUUGUAGAUUUUAAUAAGAUUUCUAGUAUCGAAGUCGAGGAAUUCCCACUUUAUCUAUCAGUCCUGAGUAUAGGUGGUAAUCUUAUUCAUUGCGACAAUUUAAUGAAACUUAAACAGACAUCAAGUAUGACUGUAACUGCAAUCACUUUAGAUGUGAGUAACAAUGAAAACAUAGACGGAGUUUCCUGUGUUGGUCAUGAUAAAAAUAAAAGAAACAAUGAAAUGAAUGGCACUGAUAAUAUUCUUAUCGAUAUAAGAGAUAUCCUACUAAAUUUAUCAGUACAAAAUAGAAAUCUUCCAAAGAGAAUAAAUGAAGAUGAAGAGACACAUAUUAAAUUAGAUACAUUGGAAACAUUGUUGAAUCAAACAAUAAGGACGGCUCUUUACGAAAAUAAUGACCACAAUACCAGUGAGUUGAUACGCGUCGUAAGUCAGUCGUUAAAAAAUAUAACCCACGAGGUCGCACACGAACAAAGCGUUAGUAAUUCUUUGUUAGAGAGAAUAUUGAAAAUGAUCGUUACUUUUAAUACUGUCACUCAAACAACAUCUUUACCAGUACUAAAAUACAAUACUACUAACGAGAGUAUAGCCUACAUUGCUAGACUAAAGCAAGAUUUUGAUAAUGCUCUAACAAUUGAAAAAGAAAAGAUUUUGGCAGAAGUAAGUGAUAAAAUGUUACUUUUAAAUAAAAAAAUUGAUGGUAUACCAACAGUUAAACCAACAGAGAAACUUAGUACAAACCGUGAACUCAAGGCAUAUAAUUCAGGUUCUCUGUUUACAGAAAUCUGCGUUGCUUUAAUACUUAUAAUUUUGUUGUGUUUUACUAUGUUUAAAAUUUAUAAACACGUCAUACUAUCAUCUAGGCAAAGAUCGUAUAGCACGCAACAUAUUACAGACGCCAUUGAAAAUUCGAACCUAUAAUAGAAAUGUUUCCAAUUGUUGCAUGCUUUUACAUUUGGACAUAGUUUAGUGAUUUAUAUUAUAUAAGUAGUUAUAUCGAUGUUAGAUUCUUGACAUAAUAGUAAAUGUUAUAUUACUCCUUAUUUGCAAAAAGUUUUGAAAGAUGGGAGGGUCCUACUGACAGGCCCAGAGGUCCAGGUCGAUAAGUUGUUUGUAUCCUUAGCGGUCGGAGUAGCUUUGCAAGCGCAAUUCGGAUACGGCAUCAUCUCACUUAUUUAUAAACGCAGAUUUCAUACUAUAUUAUACAUAAUAGUUUGGAAAAUGCAAAAGUGCACGCCUCAUAGCGGUCAUUCACAUUUAAAAAAAAAAUCUAAAACAAAAACUCAAGUUUUUUAAAACAAAAUAACAAAAAAAAAAAAAAAAAAAAAAAAAAUGAAAAUGAAUGAUUUAAAAAAAACAAUAAUAUAAUAAAAAAAAUUAUAGUGGCGCCAUAACUCUGAGGUGAGGAAAAUACACAGUCGUAUUUUAGUUUUUUACAAAUUAUAAUUAAACGACAGUACUUAGAACGCUAAUAUUAACUAGGAAUCAGCCCAAGGUAUAACUUUAUAUAAUAAGAAAAAAAGUAUUCUGGUACGGUAAAUUUUUCGACCAAUUUCUCUGCCACAUACAUGGAUCCAUAAACAAAGACUGACGGACGUCCAAGAAUGAUUGAUUGUAAUGUUAUUAUUUACUAUGUUAAACAAAAUAAUUGUUCAUAAAAAAUACCAUAUGUGCUUGAUAGAUUAUUUAACUCGAUUUUAGUGCACUCAUAUUAUCCUGUAAGUGUUAUAUUAGUGAGAAAAAAGUCAUUCAAGUUUCGAAAGACUGGGUUUUUUGACAUGUCGAGAGUAGAGCACUGCCAGAGGCGUGCAAUAAUGUAAAAAGUAAAAAAGUACAUGAAAUACAAGAUUAGUAUAAUGUUAUAUUGUAAAAGGUAUUCUAUGUAUAAUUUUAAGCAAUAGCACAUUUUUAAAAACUUAUAUCUGUGAAAAAACACUUAAUAUAAUUGUUAUUUUUGUAUCACUUAGUCUAGUUUAGAAUGAAUCUUAAUUAGUAUGUAUAUAAGAUAUUGUAUGAAUAUUAAAAUUAUCAAUGAAUUGAUCUUGU